GUCCCAGAGAUCUCCAGCGACCUGGUGGCCAACAUGGGGCACUUUUUCAAUGCUGCCUACUCCAUUGCAUACCACUCAAGGCCACUGAAUGACUUUGAGAAAAUCCUACAGCUUCUCCAAAGCACUGGAACCAUGAUUUUAGGCAAGUAUCGAAAUCGCACUGCGUGCACCCAGUUCAUCAGGUACAUCUCUGAGACCCUGAAGAAGGAGAUCCUCGAUGAUAUCCGAGACUCCCCUUGUGUGAGCAUGUUGCUGGACAGCUCCAUGGACUCCUCUGACCAGCCAUGUGUGGGGAUUUAUAUCCGGUACUUUAAGGAGAUGGAGGUGAAAGAGUCUUACAUCACUUUGGCCCCUCUGUACAGCGAGACAGUUGAUGGGUAUUUCGAAACCAUCAUUUCUGCCCUGGAUGAACUGGACAUCCCUUUCCGGAAGCCUGGUUGGGUGGUGGGCCUGGGAACCGAUGGCUCAGCCAUGCUGAGCUGCAAAGGAGGCCUUGUGGAGAAGUUCCAAGAGGUCAUCCCCCAGCUGUUGCCUGUGCACUGUGUGGCCCACCAGCUCCACCUGGCUGUAGUCGAUGCUUGUGGGAGCAUCGACCUGGUGAGGAAGUGCGACCGGCACAUCCGGACCAUCUUCAAGUUCUACCAAUCCUCAAACAAAAGGCUGCGAGAAUUGCAGGAGGGCGCGGCUCUGCUUGAGCAGGAGAUCCUCCGCCUGAAAGACCUGAAUGCUAUCAGGUGGGUGGCCAGCAAGAGGCGGACGCUGAAUGCACUCCUAGUGAGCUGGCCUGCACUGGCUCGGCACCUGCAGAGCGUGGCAGAUGCAGGGGGCCAGGUUGGGCACCGGGCUCAGGGCAUGCUACGGCUGAUGAAGAGCUUCCACCUCGUCAAGUUCUGCCACUUCCUCCUGGACUUCCUGAGCAUCUAUAGGCCUUUGUCUGAGGUAUGCCAGAAAGCAGUUGUACUGAUCACGGAGGUGAACGCCACGCUGGCACGGGCCUACGUGGCCCUGGAGACCCUCCUGCGCCAGGCAGGGCCCAAGGAGGAGGAAUUUAAUGCCAGCUUCCAGGACGGGCGGCUGCAUGGCAUCCCGCUGGACAGGAUGGAGAUGGCAGAGCAGCGGUUCCAGGCAGACAGGGAGAGAGUGGUUCUGACCGGGAUUGAGUACCUGCAGCAGAGGUUCGAUGCAGACCGCCCCCCGCAGCUCAAGAACAUGGAGGUGUUCGAUACCAUGGCCUGGCCAGAUGGGAUCGAACUUGCCAGCUUUGGGAAUGAUGAUGUUCUCACCCUUGCCAGGUAUUUUGCACUCUCACUUCCCACGGGGUAUAGUGAGGAUGCCCUGCUGGAGGAGUGGCUAGGUUUGAAGGCCGUGGCCAAGAACCUCCCGUUCUCCAUGCUGUGUAAGAAUGCACUUGCCCAGCACCGCCGCUUCCCCCUGCUGAGCAAGCUGGUGGCUGUGGUCGUGUGUGUGCCUGUGUCCACAUCCUGCUGUGAGCGUGCAUUCCACGCCAUGACCCGGAUCAAGACAGACGAGAGGACCAAGCUCUCCAAUGAGGUAGUCAACAUGCUCAUGAUGACAGCUGUAAAUGGGGUGGCAGUCACAGAGUAUGACCCACAGCCAGCCAUCCAGCGCUGGUACCUGACCUCCUCUGGGCGCCGCUUCAGCCAUGUCUACACCUGUGCCCAAGUGCCCGCUCGCCCUCACGUUGGUGCUGGGCUCAGGAAUCAGACGAUGGGAGCACUUGGUACGGAGAAGUCUGUGACCCAGAAGCCACCGACUCAACCCCACAGGGAACCAGCGGGGGUCCAGAAGGACUAUACUGUGGGUUCACCCCGCAGGCUCAUGCAGCCCACGAACAGCUGCGCCAGCAGAGAGGGGCUCGUACAGGAGCAGGAGUGCUAG